AUGGUCUCCCCUUUAUCAGCUAUUCUUCAUGUUCUCAUCAUGUCAGCAGAAUUUAUCACAGGGAUUACAGUAAAUGGAUUUCUUAUAAUCAUCAACUGUCAUGAAUUGAUCAAAAGCAGAAAGCUAACACCAAUGCAACUCCUUUUUGUAUGUAUAGGGACGUCUAGAUUUGGUCUGCAGAUAGUGUUAAUGGUACAGAGUUUCUUCUCUAUCUUCUUCCCACUCUUAUAUGCUGUAAAAAUUUAUGGUCCAGUGAUGAUCUUCCUUUGGAUGUUUUUUAGCUCUGUCAGUCUCUGGUUUGCCACCUGCUUGUCUGUAUUUUACUGCCUCAAGAUAGCAGGCUUCACCCAGUCCUAUUUUCUUUGGCUGAAAUUCAGAAUCUCAAAGUUAAUGCCUUGGCUGCUUCUGGGAAGCCUGCUGGCCUCCGUGAGCAUUGCAGCUCUGUGUACGGAGGUAGAUUACCCUCUACACGUGGGUGAUAUCCUCAGGAAUACCACGCUAAAGAGAACGGAACUCAAGAUAAAGCAAAUUAGUGAAGUGCUUCUUGUCAACUUGGCAUUGAUAUUUCCUCUGGCCAUAUUUGUGAUGUGCACUUUUGUGUUAUUCAUUUCUCUCUAUAAGCACACUCGUCGGAUGCAAAAAGGACCUCAUGGUUUCAGCAACGCCAGCACAGCAGCCCAUAUAAAUGCAUUAAGAACAGUAAUAACAUUCUUUUGCUUCUUUAUUUCUUAUUUUGCUGCCUUCAUGACAAAUAUAACAUUCAGUGUUCCUUACAGAAGUCAGAACUUCUUUGUGUUGAAGUUCAUAAUGGCAGCAUAUCCCUCUGGCCAUUCGGUUAUUAUAAUCUUGUAUCAUUCUAAGUUCCAACAACCAUUCAGGAGACUUCUCUGCCUCAAAAAGAGUUAA